UUACGGUGUCAAAAACAAAUCCACCUCUUUCUCUCUCUCCCAACAAAGAGUUUUGUGACUUCGAUCACUCCUCCUAGUCUCGUUGUCUCUCUGAGGCUUAGGCUCCCUUUGCCAAAGCCACUCAGCUGGUUCAUUUCUUUCUGCGUUAAAGUGAAUCUUAAAAUGGCUGGUACCGUCUUGAAUGUUCAUGAGCAUGGAUUUUGGGUGGAGGGGAGAACUCGUGUUGAGUGCAAGCACUGUGGAAAGAGAAUGAGUAACUUUUUUCGUCUCAAAUUGCAUUUGGCUAAUACAGGUAAAGACGUAACCCACUGCGGAGUAGUUGAUCCUACAAUUAAAGUGGCGUUUUUUGCGAUGAUUAUGAAGAUGCGAUCUAGGAGUGGUCGUGGUUUGCCCGGAAGACCCAAAAGAAGUCGUGCUUGUAAGGACAUGAAAGCAGCUGCGGAAGCUAACAAACAAUUCCAAAGGUGCGUUGCUCGGUUCAUUUAUGAAAACGGUGUCGACUUCUCAGCUGCGGAGUCAACAAAUUUCAAAGAGAUGAUAAUAUCGAUGAUGGCAGUAGCUGGUGGUAAGGAUAACAUGUGGAUAAAGUUCCCUGACUCUCGUGAUCUAAAAGGCUGGAUGCUUCAAGAAGCAUUGAAGGAAGUGCAAGAUCGGGUGAAUGAGAUUAAAGUAACAUGGGAGAUCACCGGGUGCAGCAUCCUUUUGGAUGCUUGGAUCGACCAGAGAGGCCGAGAUCUGGUUUCUUUCGUUGCUGACUGUCCAGCUGGGCCAGUCUAUCUGAACUCCUAUGAUGUUUCGGGUAUCAGAACCAAUGUCACUGCCUUAAAAUCGCUUGUAAAAGGGAUCGUUGAGGAAGUUGGGGUGCAAAAUGUGAUUCAGAUUGUUGCAUGUUCGACCACUGGUUGGGUUGGUGACCUAAACAAGCUACUUGGGGGUGAAGACAUGAAACUUUUCUGGUCAGUGAGCUUAUCUCAUUGCAUCGAGCUUAUGCUGUUGGAGAUUGGGAAAUUGUAUUCCUUUGGAGACAUACUUGACAGGGUCAAUAUCAUUCAGGAGUUCAUCAAUAACAAACCCUCGCUUCUGAGAAUCUUCAGAGCUCACAGUCAUGGAGUCUACGCAACUGCACUUGUCUCCGAGUUUGGUUUUCUUACGCCUUAUCUAACUGUAGAGAAUAUGCUCAGGGCGAUGAUGGCAGGAAUGUUUGCUUCUCCUGAUUGGAAGAAAGAAGAGUGCACCGUAGCAGUUGCCAGUUUGGUGUAUAAUUCCUCUUUUUGGGAAGCUGUUGGAAUAUCUGUGAGAGGUACAUCUGCUCUUGUUCAUGGAGUGCGUCUGUUUGCAACUGCCAAGAACAAGCACGUUGGAUAUAUCUAUGACAUUAUAAGGAGCAUCAAGGUGAGCACCGCAAGUAAUUUCCAGAAGAAGAAAGAGUUUUACAAGCCGGUAUGGGAUGUUAUUGAUGAUGUGUGGAACCAACACUUUGGCAACCCUCUUCAUGCUACUGGUUACUUUCUCAAUCCAGCGUCUUACUACUCAGGUCAUUUCCAUUUUGGUCGAGAUGUAUGCACCGGUCUUGUCCUCUCUCUGGCUCACAUGGUUAAAGGACUUCGCCAGGAAGUAACAAUUUCCGAACAGGUUAAUAUGUACAAAUCCGGUGAAUCUUGCUAUAAGGAGGCAAGUCAAGCUGAUCAGAUCUCUGGAAUAUCUCCAAUUGAAUGGUGGACUAAAAACGGGAGCCAACACCCAGAGCUGAAGAGUUUUGCCAUUAAGAUUCUGAGUCAGACAUGUGAAGGAGCUUCAAAGUACAAACUGAAGAGAAGCUUAGCAGAGAAGCUAUUGGCCGCUGAAUGGAUGAGCUACUAUGAUAAAAAGCGUCUGGAAGAAUUGGCGUAUGUUCAUUACAAUCUCCAUCUACAAACCUGGCAAAACCAGAGUAUCUGAAGAUCAGCAGUGAUCGAGUUGUGUAUCGACUAUAAUCAACUUUUUAAGUUUAUUUAGCAUUUUCAUAUACAAAGAUGCAAAGCCAAACCUAAUUAUGCUAGUGUAUCGACUAUAAUCAACUUUUUAUAUAUUUGGA